CGUUUAUUUUUUUCAUUCUCUUGUAUUUGAAUUUGAAAGUCUAAUUUUAUUUUAAAAAAACUGACUUGUAGCAACAAUCGCAUGGAUAAGUUGUGAUAUUAUGAAGAGAUUUGAACACAUUUCUCCGUUUUGAAACAUAAGAGUGGGUUUUGGAUCAUAUUUUGAGGAUUUGGAUAGAGUGAUAAAAUACUACCUUUUGUAUCAUAUAAGGACCCACCAUGAUUGGCUAUACCAGAUCAAGGGGUCACUUGUUGUAUUUAAAUUUAAAAUAGUGUCUUCCCCUUUUCAAUAGAAUCGUGCGUGCCCUGACACUCAAGAAUAGGAGAGGAUCCAAAUCCAUAUUAGAAGACUAGGGAACUUGUUUGCAAUGGCAACUCUGAGCAAUUCAACAAAUAUCUUUUGGCAAGAUUGUCAAAUAGGCAGGGCUGAAAGGCAGAAGCUACUUAACCAAAAGGGAUGUGUUGUAUGGAUUACUGGACUCAGCGGAUCAGGAAAAAGCACAUUGGCAUGUUCCCUAAGCAGAGAACUGUAUUCAAGGGGAAAGUUAUCUUAUGUCCUUGAUGGAGAUAACCUUCGGCAUGGACUAAACAAAGAUCUUGGUUUUAGAGCUGAAGAACGCACUGAAAACAUUCGCAGGACUGGAGAAGUGGCAAAACUCUUUGCUGAUGCUGGUUUGAUAUGUGUUGCCAGUCUGAUAUCUCCUUACAGAAGAGAUCGAGACACUUGCCGAUCCAUGUUACCUGAUGCGAAUUUUAUUGAGGUUUUCAUGAACAUGCCCCUAGAAUUGUGCGAGUCACGAGAUCCAAAAGGCCUCUAUAAGCUUGCUCGCGCGGGCAAAAUCAGAGGUUUUACCGGCAUUGAUGACCCAUAUGAGCCACCGUUAAAUUGCGAGAUUGAGAUAAAGCAGGAUGGUGGCGUUUGUCCAACACCUACUGUGAUGGCUGGACAAGUAGUUACUUACUUGGAGAAGGAAGGUUUUCUUGAACAUUAGGGGUUUGAAAUAUGUGAUUAUCUCUAAUGAUGAUGUUUCUUCUGUAAUGAAGUUGGUGAGAAAUCCUAGGAUGUGCAUGUAGGAGACCAGUGAGAGGAAAAAUGAACAUGUAAAGUUCAUCAGUUAUAAAGGAAUAAAUAAAUAGCGAAUAAUUGUUGCAAA